AUGGCCUGGUCCUCCAUCCUGAAGAGCCUCCUCCCACUCUUUGUCUUUGCCAUCUUAGCUGUCAGAUCUGUGGAGAGUUACACCUGUGAAGUCUCUACAUGCAUUUUGGAACUUUGUAUUGUGCCUACAACUUCUUGUACAGCCACUAAAGGCUGCUUCAAUCAAAUGAUGAAAUUUGAAACACCAUCUACUCUUACAGACAAGCUGCUUAAUUAUAAAAGCUGUACUAGCGAUGCAGACACAUGCAGUAACCUGGAAUUCUCAGCAACGCUGGGGGAUCAGCGGACAUUUAGAUAUAAGAACCGUUGCUGCACGACAGAGCAGUGCAACAAAGAGAACAUAGCAGUGCCUUCACCAUCUUCAGAACCCAAUGGUGUUCGGUGUGCUGCCUGCUACACUGAGAAAGGCAAAUCAUGCAAAGUAAAUGCUACCAUAGAGUGCACAGGAAAUGAGAAAAAGUGUGUGGAGUUUACCGGCACAGCAGCGGCAACUUCUCUUUCGCUGUAUGGGAAAGGCUGUGCAACUGAAAGUGCCUGCGAUAUGAGUACGACCGUCUUCGACGGCAUAAAUAUCCAAGCCAAAUGCAUCCCACCCGAUGGCAGCCCUGCCCUCAAGUCCAUCUCAUCACUUCCAGUUGUUCUUCUCCUGCUGAAAGUCUUGCUUUGA